AGAGCCCCACUUACCAGGCCCGAGUCCCCAGAGGUCCCCUCCUACUCCCUUCUCGAUUCCCUUCCUUAGAGGCAGGUCUGUGGCUUGGCUGGGAACUCCAGGGACUGAGGGAGCACUGCAACUGUGGGACCGGCGCAUAGCUAAAAGCCGGCGGGCCAUAGGGCCCCGCGGAGGAGGCCCCAGCAGGCGGACCAGGAGGCCGAAGCCUCCCGACGCUCCCAGCCUGUUGCUUAUUCAUUCAGAGUGGGAAAGCGCCAGCCGAGCGGCCAGCCAGUGCGGGGCUGGCCAUGUAAGGCCCACAGGCGGUCCUGCCCGCCCGGUGCCCUGCGGAGAGCCUCGUGCAGCCCUGGGCACCGCCCCUGCCCUGCCCUGACCCCUUGGCCUCGAAAUGCUGUCAUCGGAGGAGCCGUCCCGCUCGGGACAAGGCCAGCAUGGACAAAGCUAGAGCUGGGGCAAGCAAGGAGCCUUCCUGUCCUCGAGGCCGUGGGAAGAGAAGCACGCCCAGGGGGCCACUCCUGAGAGCCUCUCUGUCCACCAGGCCUCUGCAGAGGGGUCACCAUGGCUCUGGCCCGAGGCAGCCGGCAGCUGGGGGCCCUGGUGUGGGGCGCCUGCCUGUGCGUGCUAGUGCACGGGCAGCAGGCGCAGCCCGGGCAGGGCUCGGACCCCGCCCGCUGGCGGCAGCUGAUCCAGUGGGAGAACAACGGGCAGGUGUACAGCUUGCUCAACUCGGGCUCAGAGUACGUGCCGGCCGGGUCUCAGCGCUCCGAGGGUAGCUCCCGGGUGCUGCUGGCCGGCGCGCCCCAGGCCCAGCAGCGGCGCGGCCACGGGAACCCCCGGCGUCGGCAGGCGCCGUCCCUGCCCCUGCCAGGGCGCGUGGGCUCGGACACCGUGCGCGGCCAGGCGCGGCACCCAUUCGGCUUUGGCCAGGUGCCCGACAAUUGGCGCGAGGUGGCCGUCGGGGACAGCACAGGCAUAGCCCGGGCCCGCACCUCCGUCUCCCAGCAACGGCACGGGGGCUCCGCCUCCUCGGUCUCGGCUUCGGCCUUCGCCAGCACCUACCGCCAGCAGCCCUCCUACCCGCAGCAGUUCCCCUACCCGCAGGCGCCCUUCGUCAGCCAGUACGAGAACUACGACCCCGCGUCGCGGACCUACGACCAGGGUUUCGUGUACUACCGGCCCGCGGGCGGCGGCAUGGGCGCGGGGGCGGCGGCCGUGGCCUCGGCGGGGGUCAUCUACCCCUACCAGCCCCGGGCGCGCUACGAGGAGUACGGCGGCGGCGAAGAGCUGCCCGAGUACCCGCCGCAGGGCUUCUACCCCGCACCCGAGAGGCCCUACGCGCCGCCGCCGCCGCCGCCGCCGCCCCCCGACGGCCUGGACCGCCGCUACUCGCACAGCCUGUACAGCGAGGGCACCCCCGGCUUCGAGCAGGCCUACCAUGACCCCGGCCCCGAGGCGGCGCAGGCCUACGGCGGAGACCCACGCCUGAGCUGGUACCCGCCCUACGCCAACCCGCCGCCCGAGGCGUACGGGCCGCCGCGCGCGCUGGAGCCGCCCUACCUGCCCGUGCGCAGCUCCGACACGCCCCCGCCGGGUGGGGAACGGAACGGCGCGCAGCAGGGCCGCCUCAGCGUGGGCAGCGUGUACCGGCCCAACCAGAACGGCCGCGGUCUCCCUGACUUGGUCCCAGACCCCAACUAUGUGCAAGCAUCCACUUAUGUGCAGAGAGCCCACCUGUACUCCCUGCGCUGUGCUGCGGAGGAGAAGUGUCUGGCCAGCACAGCCUAUGCCCCUGAGGCCACCGACUACGACGUGCGGGUGCUGCUGCGCUUCCCCCAGCGUGUGAAGAACCAGGGCACAGCGGACUUCCUCCCCAACCGGCCACGGCACACCUGGGAGUGGCACAGCUGCCACCAACAUUAUCACAGCAUGGACGAGUUCAGCCACUACGACCUACUGGAUGCCGCCACAGGCAAGAAGGUGGCCGAGGGCCACAAGGCCAGUUUCUGCCUGGAGGACAGCACCUGUGACUUCGGCAACCUCAAGCGCUAUGCAUGCACCUCUCAUACCCAGGGCCUGAGCCCAGGCUGCUAUGACACCUACAAUGCGGACAUUGACUGCCAGUGGAUCGACAUAACCGAAGUGCAGCCUGGGAACUACAUCCUCAAGGUGCACGUGAACCCAAAGUAUAUUGUUUUGGAGUCUGACUUCACCAACAACGUGGUGAGAUGCAACAUUCACUACACAGGUCGCUACGUUUCUACAACAAACUGCAAAAUUGUCCAAUCCUGAUUUCUGGGAGGGACAGAUGGCCAAUCUCUCCCCCUCCAAAGCAGGCCCUGCUCCCCGGGCAGCCUCCCGCCGAGGGGCCCAGCCCCCAACCCACAGGCAGGGGCAUCCCUCCCUGCCGGCCUCAGGGAGCAAACGUGGAUGAAAACCACAGGGAUUCCGGAUGCCAGACCCCAUUUUAUACUUCACUUUUCUCUACAGUGUUGUUUUGUUGUUGGUGGUUUUUAUUUUUUAUACUUUGGCCAUACCACAGAGCUAGAUUGCCCAGGUCUGGGCUGAAUAAAACAAGGUUUUUCUA